GAGAGACGACGGCAUCAGCAGCACGGCAUUCCGGGGAAACACCAUGCAUCUUAGGCUAAAAAGACGACUGGAGCCUCACCGUAUUUCGCGUUCUUAUUUUUGAUUUCCGUUUUUUUUUUUGUUUCGUCUUUCUCCUCCCCCCCUCCUCUCUCCUUUUCACCCAAUCUCUGACGCGCAAGGACACUACAGCAUCCAUCCACGGCAGGAACGCUCACAUAGAGCAUCCUCUGUACAGACGCACCACCACCACCAUCCUCCUCCUUCCUUCCUUCCUUCCUCCCACUCUCCUCCUCUCCUCUCUCCUGUUCUGUUCUAACCCAGAGGACAUCGGGACAUCUUCUCCCCCCUAUUUACCCGGAGACAUGGAUCUAUGGUUUCAUUCGAUCCGGAUUUGCUGGUGGAGGGUUUUGUUUCUGAUGAGUGUUUUCCAGGACUAUCUGAGCUCCAUGCUGGACUGCCCGCCGACCUGCAGCUGCUCUCAAACAGAGAUCUAUUGCAAUAAGUCCGACAACGGCAGGUUUUUCCCUUUACUCGCCCUGCAAGAUACUGGGAGCAAUGGGACCAGUGUUGACAUAGCAGAGUUAUUCAAAAACAUCACCUCUAUACACAUAGAGAACUGGACGGGAUUGCAGACUCUGAGAGACGUCGAUAUGGAGCUCUACACUGGACUACAGAGACUAACUAUCAUGAAUUGCAACCUGAGGGUGAUCCAGGCUCGAGCGUUCGCUCAGAACCCACACCUACGCUACAUAAACUUGUCAAAGAAUCCUCUCACCACUCUGUCAUGGCAGCUCUUCCAGCACCUCCAAGUCUCGGAACUGCGCCUGGACGGCGUUGUGUUUGAAUGUGGUUGUGACAUUCGCUGGAUCCAGCUGUGGCAGCAGAGAGGAGAGGCCGGGCUCCAUACACAGCAGCUGUACUGCAGGAACGGAGCCUCCAAGAUCCGACUGCACAACAUGUACAUCCACAACUGUGACUUACCAGAGAUCAGUGUGAGCCACAGCAGUGUGUUGGUGAUGGAGGGCGACAAUGUGACUGUGAGCUGCAAUGGAUCUGGAUCACCGCUGCCUGAAGUGGACUGGACUGUCAGCGGCCUGCACUCCAUCAACACACACCUGUCCAAUGUAUACUGGCCGAACAUCCACUCUAUCAACCUGACUCUUUUCAACAUCAGCCGAGAUGACAACAACUUCCAGCUGACCUGCAUUGCGGAGAACGUGGUGGGGAUGACCAACUCCUCCAUCCAGCUCAAUGUACAAUUUCCUCCAGUCAUCCUGAGGCUGGCUGAACCUGAGCAGCGCCACGAUACCUGCAUCGAGUUUACAGUUCGGGGUUACCCCCAUCCCAAGCUGCGUUGGUUCUACAAGCAAAAGGAGAUUGUCCAGAAUGAUUACAUUCGAACUGAGAUGGACUUCUACCAGGACUAUCUGGAAGGCUGUCUGACCUUCCAGAACCCAACACACAUCAACAACGGGAACUACACUCUGGAGGCCAGCAACCCUCUGGGAACAGUCUCCAAGACAGUGUAUGGUCACUUCCUUAUGGACCCAGGUAUUGAUGAAGACAUAGAGGAACUAGCUACUCCGACGCCAUCAGAGGGAGAUUCAGGCCCACCAGAUGAAGAUACGUUUGGGGUUUCCAUCGCCGUGGGUUUGGCGGGUUUUGCUUGCGUCCUCCUCCUCGUCCUUUUUGUUCUCAUCAACAAAUACGGCCGGCGCUCCAAAUUCGGUAUGAAAGGUCCAGUAGCUGUGAUCAGUGGUGAAGAAGACUCUGCCAGCCCUCUUCAUCACGUCAACCAUGGGAUUAUUACCCCCUGUACUCUGGAUGCGGGUCCUGAUGCCGUUGUCAUAGGGAUGACUCGUAUUCCUGUGGUGGAGAAUCCUCAGUACUUCAGGCACGGACACAACUGCAACAAGCCGACCACUCUUGUCCAGCAUAUAAAGCGGAGAGACAUCAUCCUGAAGAGGGAGUUGGGUGAAGGAGCGUUCGGUAAAGUCUUCUUGGCAGAGUGUUACAACCUCAGUCCCACCAAGGACAAGAUGCUGGUGGCUGUCAAGACACUGAAAGAUCCCAACCUGUCGGCAAGAAAGGACUUCCAGAGGGAGGCAGAGCUGCUGACCAAUCUGCAGCAUGAUCACAUCGUUAAAUUCUAUGGUGUGUGUGUAGAUGGAGACCCUCUCAUCAUGGUGUUCGAAUACAUGAAGCAUGGAGACCUCAACAAAUUCCUCAGAGCCCACGGCCCAGACGCUAUGAUUCUGGUAGACGGCCAGCCGCUGCAAUCCAACGGAGAGCUGGGCCUUUCCCAGAUGCUGCACAUUGCCACCCAGAUCGCCUCGGGCAUGGUGUACCUGGGCUCCCAGCACUUUGUCCACAGAGAUCUGGCAACCCGUAAUUGCCUGGUGGGAAAUGGCCUGCUGGUUAAGAUUGGAGACUUCGGCAUGUCAAGGGAUAUCUACAGCAGUGACUACUACAGGCGUGACAGCUGGGCCGGUUCGGACCUUGCUGGGGGCAACGCCAGCAGUUAUGAAGUACUUGCCUGCUGGGUUGGAGGACAUACCAUGCUACCUAUUCGCUGGAUGCCCCCAGAGAGCAUCAUGUACAGGAAAUUCUCAACGGAAAGUGACGUGUGGAGCUUUGGAGUGAUCUUGUGGGAGAUCUUUACCUAUGGGAAGCAGCCUUGGUUUCAGCUGGGUAACAAUGAGGUUAUUGAGUGCAUAACCCAGGGUCGGGUUCUGGAGAGGCCACGGAUUUGUCCUAAGGAGGUGUACGACAUCAUGCUGGGCUGCUGGCAGAGGGAACCGCAGCAGCGACUGAACAUUAAGGACAUUCAGAAGGUCCUGUUCGCCAUGGGGAAAGCCACGCCGGUCUACCUGGACAUCCUGGGCUAGCAGCCAUCCGGGGUGGCCCGUUCCUCGCCAGACAGACAGAACGACAGAGACAUACAGACAGACCGACCCACACGAAUCCAGGAAUAACCAAACCAACCUACUCCACUGUCGAAAAACACCUACAAUGUUUGGGAAGGACUUAAGUGCCUGCAACACUUUUGGAUAUAGUGGAUAUAACGUAUUCAAAAAACACGCACUUUUACAUUUUGUUUACUUGCGUAUAAGAUGUACAGGUUUGAAGAAGACUUUUUUUUUCCUCGAAAAACUGCAAAAAUACACAAAAAUGGAGACAAAAAGGGAAGUGAACUGGCAAUAGGAAAAUGGCCACAGUUUGAUCAUAUUAUGGAGAGAACACAUCAGAGUUAAAAUCUAUCCUGGGUUUGGUUUUAUGAAUAUAUAUAGAAAUAUUACAUAUAUUUUAUAUUUAUUUCUUUUUGUCAGGAUGUUGAAGGGUCUGCCAUGUUUGUUGCUAAGGGCUCGGCCCUGCCUGAAGACGUCACCGACAAACUAUUGGCAGGGACUCGACGAUGGUAGCCUUACUUGCACUCUGAUUGGCUGGCACUGAGCUUUUGACGGGAACUCUGCUUCUGUGGAAUUACACUGGAUGGUUGAGAAAAAAAAAGAAAAAAAAAGCGCUCUGUAGAGGACCUACCCAAUCAGACAACCGACAAAUCUAUUUUAAUUUAAAAAUAAUGUACAUAUUGUAAAAUUCUAUGUGUCAAAAUUAUGUUAACUUAUUUUUUCGGGUGUUAUUUUGGUUCCUUUUCUGACUGUGAUCUGGGUGACUAAAGUAUAAAGCUAUGGUACUUGUUUUCAUCCUAAUCCAGAAGAGAUUUCUCUUGGGAAUUACCUGUGUCAGUGCUGGUAAGUUGUCUUAUGUGGUGAAGGUGAAUGGCAGUGAAUACAGUUCGAUAAGUCAGCUGACACCGAAUCACAGAGACUCUGGAGAAUGGGGGACGACUCGGAGCCAUCAACACGACACUUUUCCAAAGAGGCAAUGAAGCCUCUUAUUCACUUUCCAGUUCAUUUGCUUUCUAUGGCAAAAAUAAUGCGUUGAUAAGUACUAUGUUACACCACACCCCUCGAACACAUACACACGCUUUGAGAAACUGUUCUGUCAUUUUUAGGCUUUUUGGUGUGAAACUGCUUUUCCACUCUAAAGAAAACAUUUUUGUAACUGGAAGGAUGAAUCAUCUGUUAGCUGCAGGUGUGUGUGUGUCGCAUACAUAGCCCAAGAAAAUCUGUAACUUAAAGGAAUAGUUAGACAUUUUUGGAAAUAGUCUUAUUUACUUUUUUUGCUUAGAGUUUGAUGAGAGGGUUGAUGCGAGUCUCAUAUCUGUCAGCUCAACAUGAAGCUGGAGCCUGAAAACAGGGAAAAAACUAGCCUGGCUCUAUCCAAAGGUAACAUCUACCAGUUCCUCUAAAGCUCACAUAUGCUGUGUUCAAAUGGGGUCGUGUUUAUUUCGUUUACAAGAAGAGUCCAUAUGAAUGCCCCCGUUAGGAUAUUUACGACCUCGUCAGGGAAAAUUUCUGAGAGCUUCAUGUUCACGACUUAGUGUACGUGACUUCCCAUGUCUUUAACAUGAGCUCACGAGUUCCACUCGAAUGCAGUACUAACCAUUUUAUCUUAUGCUAAGCUACGAUAACCACUUGCUAUAAAUAGCUUGAUUUCAGUCAGUUCAGUAUGAAGCUGGAGCCAGGAGUUGGUUAGCUUAUCUUAGCACAUAGACUGAAAACAGAGGGAAAUAGCUCACCUGGCUUUAUCCAAAGGUAACAUAAAACACCUAUCAUCCCUUCUAAAGCUCACAUAAGACUGUUAGCUUAUGCCAAGCUAAAAUAACUGGUUGCUAUAAGUAGCUUCAUAUUUACUGUCACCUCAGUAUGAAGCUAGAGCUAGUAGUUGGUUAGCUUGGUUUAGCACACAGACUAAGAACACAGGGAAAUAGCUGGCCUGGUUAUAUCCAAACGUAACAAAAAACACCAAUCAGCACUUCUUUAGCUUACAUAAGCCCAUUAGCUCAUGCUAAGCUAAGAUAAUAGGUUGCUAUAAGUAGCUUUGUAUUUGCUGUACAGACACGACAGUGGUAUCAAUCUUCUCAUCUAACUCUCAGAAAGAAAGCAAAUUAGUGUAUUUCCCAAAAAUUGUCAAACUUGAUUGCAAACAUUUAGGUCAAUACCAUAAGGAUCCUGUCACUUCACAAGCUGAGAAAAAAACAUGGUGGCUUCUUCCCUCACAUUUCAUUUAGAACAACAAAAUAAAAACUUCAAGUUUUUACUUUUCUGAUUUUUUUUUCUUUACCAUCAACUGUACAUGACACACAGUCACUCUUUUCUUCCUCGCACUUGUGGCCUUUGCAUGUUUAGCAAUGAUGAGGUUUUGCACCCAUCUAUUGCUUUGAUAAAACCUCUUCUGCCACGACCAGAGAGGAGCCACUGAAGCAGGUAGACACUUGUGUUAAUUUGUGGAUGGUACAUCAAAAAUAAUAAUCACUAAAGUGGAUCAGCUAACUGUGUGGUAUUGCGCGUUCCAUAUUUUUGAUAAUUACAGUAUUUAAUGAACUGGUAAACAUGAAGAGUUUUGUUCCAAAAUGUGGCAGAAAAACAUGACCCCCAAAAAGCUUCACAGCAAAAAAAAGAAAAAAAAAUCUAAAACCAAAUGAAAUUACUUUUAAAGACUCGUUCUUAAUUAAGUGCUCGAAAAUGAGUUAAUUUUUACAGAGUGGAUUCUGUAGAUUUCUCAGACACCGAAUGGAAAACCUCAGGCAACAAUUUUAUUUUAUGUUGUAUCUGGAUAUAUAGCGUUUUGGAGUGGAACUCUUCACAUCUCUUCCUUAUUAUCUUAACAUGAAUUCUCACAGUAUCACAGUGUUGUCUCUGUUCCCCUUGGGACUAUGUAAAUCAUUAAUGAGCAUUCAGUUAUUUCAAGUAUUUUAUAUGAAAGGCAGGAUCAAAUCCAACGAGUUACCCAAAGCAUUGAGUUUUUGUGUAUUCUCUUGUGGUAAAGAUAAACGCUUAAAGACAUUAUGACACAGACCGUGAGCAUUUGCAGGGUAUUGUAAUCCUUUCAUGGUGAGUUGAAUAUUGUUUUAAAAAAAGUUUUCCUUUUCUUUUCUUGGAUGAACUAACUGAACACUUUUUGAAGCAAAGUUGGCAUAUUACCAUGUACACAUGUUACAGAAUAUAAAAAUGUGGUAUAACAACUGCAGUAUAUAAAAUACUGGUAUUCCAUGAUAGAUCUUUGUAUUAAUGUGACUCUCUUAAGAAAAUGUCUUCAAACAAUCAGACGAUCUCCUUUUCCAUUUUGUCCUGUC